UGAGGAAGCGAUCUCCUUCACACACACAUACACACACGCUCUGCUUCGUCCAAUCACCAAACACGCAUUAAUGACUCUCAUGCCCCUCACAUUUUCCUCCUCCGCCGCAACCGUUGCCGUUGCUGCUGCAACCGUAACUUCCUCCGCUAGGGUUCCGGUUAAUCCACUCGUUUCCCCGACUGUUCGCGGCUUCGUUUCCUUCAGAUUAACCGCCAAGAAGCUGCCUCUUCGUUCUCGCGGCAGCGGUGGCGGCGGCGGACGCUCAUCGUCGUUGAGUGUGAGAGCGAUGUCUGAGCUUGUUCAGGAUAAGGAAUCCGUCGUCGCGGCGAGCACUUCUUUCAAUGAUGCCGAAGAGACGAGUAAUACGACGCCGAGUGAGCUCAACCAUUCCCGUACUUUCUUGGAUGCGCGAAGUGAAGAAGAUCUAAUAUCUGGUAUCAGGAAGGAAAAAGAAGCUGGAAGGUUGCCUGCAAAUGUAGCAUCAGGGAUGGAAGAAUUAUAUUGGAACUACAAAAAUGCAGUAUUAAGUAGUGGAGCUUCCAGGGCAGAUGAGACUGUUAUAUCAAACAUGUCUGUUGCUUUUGAUCGCAUGCUUCUUGGUGUGGAGGAUCCUUAUACUUUUAAUCCAUAUCAUAAAGCAAUCAGAGAACCAUUUGACUACUAUCAAUUUGUCCAUACAUACAUCCGCCCCCUAAUUGAUUUCAAAAAUUCUUACGUUGGAAAUGCUUCUAUUUUCACUGAGCUGGAAGACAAGAUUCGGCAGGGACACAAUAUCGUGUUAAUAUCAAAUCACCAAAGUGAAGCUGAUCCAGCUGUCAUUUCACUGUUACUUGAAGCACAAUGUCCUUACAUAGGAGAGAACAUUAAAUGUGUGGCUGGUGAUCGAGUCAUUACUGAUCCUCUUUGUAAGCCGUUUAGUAUGGGAAGGAAUCUCAUAUGUGUUUACUCGAAAAAGCACAUGAACGAUGAUCCGGAGCUUGUUGAUAUGAAAAGAAAAGCAAACACACGAAGCUUGAAGGAGAUGGCUACACUGCUAAGGUCUGGCUCCCAACUUAUAUGGAUUGCACCAAGUGGUGGAAGGGACCGCCCGAAUCCUUCUACAGGAGAAUGGUUUCCUGCACCCUUUGAUUCUUCUUCGGUGGACAACAUGAGAAGAUUGGUUGAACAUUCUGGUGCUCCUGGACAUAUCUAUCCAAUGUCUUUGCUUUGCUAUGACAUCAUGCCGCCUCCACCACAAGUUGAGAAAGAAAUUGGAGAGAAGAGAUUAGUUGGGUAUCACGGUACUGGACUAUCAAUAGCUCCUGAAAUCAGCUUCGCAGAUGUCACAUCAGACUGCAACAACCCUAACGAGGCGAAAGAAGCAUACAGCCAAGCUCUGUACAACUCGGUCAACGAACAAUACAAGACUCUGAACUCUGCGAUCCAUCAUAGAAGAGGAUUAGAAGCAUCAACUUCAACGGUCUCCUUGUCACAACCCUGGAAUUAAUCUCUCAUUUUAAGGAUACACAAUCAAUGGAAAUACUCGAAAUGAAGAUAUAUUCUUACACGUUGUCGUAGGGAGUUUUUUUCCGUUAUUUUGAAAACCAAAAAAAAAAAAGAGAGAAAAAAUCCAAAGCCUCCCUGAAAGAAAGAAAGAAAGAAACAGGUACGUUGGUUUUCUAACGUAGGAACAAAAGUUGGUUUGUGUACAUAUGAAUAGUGAGAGACAUAAUACUCUCUUGCUAGGCUCUCUUUUUUAGAUCACAUAUGCUUUCAUAUGUAAUAUUCUUUCUUCUUUUUUUGCUUCCUACUAUAUAGAGCUCGAAUAAUUCACAAUACUCAUUGCUUAUAUGAUUUUAUUCGAAUUCAAUAUUUCCAUCGA